UCACAAUGGAAGCUACAAUUAAAGAUAAGCUGUGCCUCAGAGAUCAACAAAUUCAGGUAAGUGCUGAAGAGGGCAGGAGUAAUGCGUGAGUAGUUAUACCUCUGUAACAGUACAAAAUGGAAGAAAUUAGCCAAAAAGAAUUAAAAUUUUAGUUCACUAAGAUUCAUACUCUUUAAUCCUCUUUUACUAGUUUCUUCCACUUUGUUCUGCUGAAAAGGUAAUUAGCAGCACUGACUACUAAUCAUUAGCUCAAGUGUUUGUUGUAUAAUUAGUUCAAAUAUUUAAAUGCCCAAAGUUCUAAUAGCAAUAUAAAAAAUUGGCAAGGAGGGAACAAAAGAGAAAUAUAAGACUAGGGUUUCAAGCAGAUUGAAAUCUGAAAAGUAUGAUCGUAUUCAGUUAUUUCACUUUCCCUAAUAUGGAGGCAGAUAUGUUCCAGUCUAUCUGUGAUUCAGUUGAUGUAAGAUUAGAUAGGAUAUCAUCAGAUUGUGUGAAAUCAAUAGGAAAAAUGAUUAAGGCAAGCACAGAGGGAUCUUGUAACUCGAUUAAAUUACUUCAUGUGUCUGACAGCAAGAGUAUGAAUAAACCUUACAGAUGACCUGAAUUUUCAAAUAGUUUGCAUAGUAUUAGAAAAAGAGUUCUUUGAAAUUUAUUUUCAAGAUGAACUGGGAAGGUAAAUAUCAAUAAGUUUAUCUUCAAUUCCAAGAACUUUGAUAGAGUUAUCAGACUCUGCUACGCUUCAGAGGGAAUUAGGUUUAGAGAUUGUUCUAUCUACUGAGAUAAACUCCCCUUUAAAUUGGAUGAGAAACUAAAUAUUCAGGUAAUAAGAUUCGAGAUCUGAGAGUUUACUGAUUCAAGAAAGGUACAGAUGAGCUCAAUGCUUCAUGCUUUGAUAAACUAUCUUGUUGAAGGGCAAGAAUCUUUGAAGAUAGAUUUUAGAGUCACUAAGAUCUAUAAGAAAUGCUUUUACCGCUCCAUUCCUGGCUGGAGCCUCAAAUCCUCCAAACCCUGGACAUACUCACUCAAAAGAAAUCCAAAUAGAUCAUUUAGUGGCUAAAUUUUCAACCACUA